CUGCCGACUGAAACUUCAUUCAGUCGAUGUACAGGUAUCGGAUCCAAUAGUCGCGCACGCUCAGCAGUAUUUUAAAGUUCGGUUCAACCUGUACUUAGAUCAGCUUGACACAUUGCUCUUUUCAUCAUGGCCGGAGUAUUACUUCUACUAGUUUCUUUCCUCGGAACGACAGCAGCACAACAAAGAUUUGACUCGAUGGGACACCCGUUGUUUGAAGUGGUGACACCCCUUUUCCAAUCAAAUUCACGUCCAUUACUACUGCCUGUUGAUCAGCAUCGUGUAGAUUCCAGUGGUAUACCAGUCAAACAAAUUCCUGUUGAUCCACAUCAGCUUCCACUUCCACCGCCGUCUUCUAUGCCGCCGUCACCUUCAUUACUAUCGCAACCACAGCAGCCUCCGCCCUCUUCUAUGCGGCCGUCGUCUUCAAUACUACCACAGCCACAACAGCUUGCGCCUUCUUUACUAGUACAACCACAGCAGCCCCCGCCUUCUUUACUAGUACAACCACAGCAGCCUCCGCCAUCGCAACAGAUUCUUUCGCCACCUCCUCCGGUGCAAUUGGCUUCGGCUAGACAGUCUGCUGAAUUCGAUGGAUUACCGCAUCCAUCGUUCCCAUCUCCUCCACUUCAAAGGCAACCACAAUCUUCGCCACCAGUGAUGACGGUUCCAGUUACUAGUCGAUUAGGUAUUCUAAACCAGGAUCGAAUUCGCGUCGAGGGAUUUCAGCCAAUCGAACGAAGAUUUACAACUACUAAAAGGAGGCGCUCACUGCAGAUUGCGGGUGACUGGAGUUCAUUCACGAAGGAUGAAGGAUUUUUGCCAGCGGAUGCUUCAAGCAAGUUAGAUGGAAGAUAUUUGCUGGUGGAUGCUUCAAACAAGUUAUCUGACGUAGAGGCUUUUGACCAAAUCGAUCCUCCUGUCAAUAACGAUGUUGUUCAUGAAGGCAGUGGGGAUUCCCGAAAUCUUCCGUUAAUUGAUUACAAUUCUUCAACAAAUCUUUAUCCUGAGUCAGGUUAUCAAGAAUCGGCCACACAACCGAAAAGCCCAAAUGGACUUUCGAAAUUGCAAGAUACAAUUUUUCGGAUGCAGCAAGAGGAAGAGGAGGAGAGGAGUAAUAGUAUUCAAGAAGAAGGUUCUGCUCUCGGCGAAUUCACAGAUGUGGCGGAUAGGAAAAUGGAAUCACCUUCAUUCAGAUCUUUCAACUUUCCAUCGGAAGCAACUGAAGAAGAAACCAGGGAGCCUGACAACGAGUUGGAAAUCACAUCAGAGCUGCCGAUAUCCACUUCUACAAACGCCUUGAACGUCAAUUUGAAUCUCACAACAAUGGUGCCCAAAAAUACUUCAACUUGGGUUACGGAUGGACCAUUUGUCCCGUCGCCAGCUACCCAAAGUCCCAGCUCUGAUCGUUCUGUUAGAAACAGCAGACUGUCGCUUAUAGUCAGGGAAUACGCAGGAUUGAUAGUAGGAUGUAUUUUAGGCAUACCAGCUAUUGUGGUCCUAUGUUAUUUCAUUAAUUUGAAACGUUUGAAACGGUAUACUGGGACGCUCGAUGUGUCUCCACGCCAAGCGAUCUGCAAUCAUAAGAAAUCGGAAAGCCGCCAGACGAUUUGCUCAGAGGAAAAUGAAUUGGCGUGUUCGCCUUCCACAUGUGCCUCGAAGACUCCUCAACCUCCUCCUUUCCCAAGUUGUAAGAAAUUUGAUCAUUAAUUGUAGUUUCGUAUGUACAGCUUUAUUAAUAUCUUAUUUGCUAGUUUCUUGUUGGGUUCUUUGUAUAAUUUAUCUAAUGAUAUACACAGCAUGAGGAUAGUAUCCAUUCAAA